UACAUCAAAACGCAUCACAAGACAGGAAUUGCCUUGCAAUACGAUUUAUACCAUCAACCUGAAAUCUGUGGUGAGUCUGGUUCUCUUCAGUUUGUCGCUGAUGCUGCCAUUCAUUCUUCCAGAGUGAGCUGUCAACAGCUACCAUCAGCUGUCAACACCAUGGACAAGAAUUCUCCACUGAAGGCAGAGAAGCCAUGGUUCAUGAAAGGUGGCUCUCGUUGGCCGACUCCCGCCGAAGUGGACCAAUCAGGAAAGCGCAAAACGAAGCUGUGGCCACACGAGGAUCCUGACAGCGACCGUAUGCUCAACCAGUACAUGUUUGUGCCACCUAUCUCACCAAAACCUAGACCAACCCAAAAAAUUCUGAUGUGGUCUACUAUAGCAGUAUGGGAAGAACCCAAGGGAAGUACCGGUAUGAUACCAUUCGCUAGCUGCCCGGUGAGUAAUUGUGAGCUUACUACAAAUGAAGAAGAGGCAGCUAAGGUUGACGCCAUCAUGUUUCUUCACCACUACAUUGAUCACCAAGUCCAUUUUCGUCAACAAAGAACAAAACAUCAGGUGUGGAUAUACUAUAGUAUGGAAAGCCCGAUAUGGUCUGAAAUCCCAAAAGGACUAGAUGUAUUCAACUGGACAGCCACAUACAUGCAGAGAAGCGACAUUCCCAGACCAUAUGGCAAAUGGAUCUUCUACAAUGAGUCGAGAACUGAAUGGGAUGGUCCGCCUAGAAACUUUGCUAGCGGAAAAACUAAGAAAGUUGCCUGGUUUGUAUCCAACUGCAAAGCCUCCAACAACCGUUGGCUGUUUGCAACAGAACUCAGUCAAUACAUACAGGUUGACAUUUAUGGUCGUUGUGGAAAACUGAAAUGUGAUUCGGAAGACAAAAAAUGUGAUGAAUAUUUGGACAAAGAUUACAAGUUCUACUUGGCAUUUGAAAAUUGUAACUGCAGAGAAUACAUCACUGAAAAGUUCUUCGAGAAGGGCUUAGGUCACAAAGUGAUUCCUAUAGUGCUGGGUGCUCCAAGGGAGGAUUAUGAGCGGGUGGCUCCAAAAGAUUCAUUCAUCCACGUUGAAGAUUUCGCCACGCCCAAAGAUCUGGCCGCCUACCUUCACGAAGUCGACCACGAUGACAACCUCUUCAACUCCUACUUCAAGUGGAAGGACAUGGGGGAAGUUCUCUAUUCCUACUUCUAUUGCCGACUAUGCGCUAUGCUCCACGAUGACCACAUCCCUCGAAAAUACCACCCCGACUUCCAUGAUUUCUGGAAACCACCAAACUCAUGCAUUGGUAAACGAUAUUGGCGCGAUCUGAAACGUGAAAUCGGUGGUGAACUUCCAUCAGUGUCAUGGAACGGAAAUGAUGAGAAGAGUGUAACAAUUGAUUGAGAGUAAAUAAAUAGAAGAAAACUAAAUGAAUAUUGAUUAUAGAAGUAUUUGUUUUUCUUCUUAUUUUCUUUA